AUGGCUGAACCCUCCAAGGCUAACGGCAACUACAACAGCGUUGCGGGCACCGUCAAGGAGACGAUUGGCAAUCUGACGGGUUCCACGGACUGGCAGGCCACAGGCAAGGAACAGCAUGCCAAGGGCGAGUCAGAGAUCAAGGCGGCAGAGGCAAAAGGGUACGCAGAGGGUCUCGGAGACCAGAUUUCUGGCAAGAAAGACAACAUCGUCGGUGCCGUAACUGGAAACGACUCGAAGCAGGCCGCCGGCAAGGCGCAGGAGGAGAAGGGCAAGGCCCAGAAGGAGAUCAACAGCUAA